AUGAAGCACACUACCGCAAUCGUCUCAGCUCUGCUGGCUUCUACAGCCUUCGCUCUACCCACUGCUGAGCAGAUGUCUGCACGCCGCCACCAGCGUCUCGCUGAGAGAUUAUCCAAGCCCAGCGGCCAACGCUUCGGCUCUACCAGCCGCCCACUGGCACCCAACACCAUCAGCCAGAGCGAUUUCAUUGCCGUUCCCAACAACACCAAGGAGGUGACGUACUCUUCCAAUUGGGCUGGAGCAGUCAUUGAGUCCUCUGGUAUCACCACCGUCACCGGCACUUUCACCAUCCCCACCGUCAAGGAACCAAGUGGUGGUAGCAGCAGCACCGAGUAUGGUGCUGCUGCUUGGGUUGGCAUUGAUGGCAACCAGUGCGGAUCUGCCAUCCUACAGACUGGAGUGGAGUUCUUCGUCGAAGGUACUCAAACUGCGUACCAGGCUUGGUACGAAUGGUACCCAGACUACAGCUACAACUUUCCAUCUUUCCCCGUCUCGCCGGGUCAACAGAUUCAGGCUACUGUCCAUGCUACUAGCAAAACGAGUGGAACUGCCGUGCUCAAGAACUUGAGUACUGGCAAGAGCGUGACGCACACUUUCUCCAACGAAGGUGGCACCGGGAGUUUGUGCGAGACUGAUGCUGAGUGGAUUGUUGAGGACUUUCAGUCUGGUAGCGCCCUAGUGCCGUUCGCCAACUUUGGAUCCGUCACCUUCACUGGAGCUUCGUACACCCACGGUGGCACAACAUCUGGUGUCUCUGGUGCAUCGAUCAUUGACGUCCAACAAAAUGGCAAGGUCGAGACGAACUGCGGUGUCAGCGGCAGCAGCACGGUGACUUGCACCUACCAAAAUUAG